GUACCAGCAGAUGGCAGCAAUGCAGCCUCUCUGCGGGUAGCCGGUCUGCUGCGGUAGCAGUUCCGGUAGCCUUGGAAUCAGCGGUGAUGGAUGCUGAGGAAUAACAGGGCAGCUCUUCCCCCUUCCCUUUCCAGCGUUUUGCACAGUGUGCACGGUCAAGGGACUACCGUGUUACAUGCGUGAGUCUCCGACCGUGACACAUGUACGUGUAAGCACGGAGGCGGGCACCUCAGUCACAGGCUGCUCCGCGCUUGCAGAUUGGCUUGGUCGAGACACCCCGGGGUCCACGCAGAUGCAGCGACCACGACACGCUGGGCCGUUGUUUUUAGCGCCAUUUCCCCCUGAACAAUAGCGCGGCGUUGCCGGCGCAGGCUUUGCAGCUUUUCUCCAUUGAUGGCAGCACUUCUGGACUCCUUCAACUGGUCACCAGAGAUUUUCCACCACUUCUGUGGAGUUGUAAAAAAAAAUUGCCCACUCUCAAACUGAAGAAGCCAUCUACUUUACUGUACUCUGAUAUUCUGGUAUACAAUCUGCAUCAUUUCCAGUAUGUCCUAAGCCAAAGCAUUACACAUAUUGGCACUUGCUUUUGAAACAAGAAGUAGAUGGCUACCUCUGAUGUUAUUUUGUAUUUAACUUGUUGGAGAAAUUCCUGACUGCUGUGGAAACUAGUAUCUUAUCAGAGGUGCUCAGCUGUGCAAGGCUUUAUCCCGUGUCCAUUCAGAUGUCUGAUUUCAGAGCCAUUAACAAUGCAGCAAAGUGCCCAAAAAUGGAGAGCAUAUCGCUGUAACAAAUGUGAGAAGUGCUUUGCAUCUAUAGAACCACUUAUGGCUCACCAAGCCAUGCACGCACAAGAAGGGGGGCUGCUUUACUGUGAGAAAUGUGAAAGUGUCUUCUCUAGUCAAGAGGUGAUGGACCAGCACCAGUGCACUUCGUGCACUUACAUCUGUACUUGCGGCAAUGGCUUUGGGCAGUACUCAGAGCUACUUGCACACAUGCGCUCUCAUGACGAAUGGCUGCCUAUGGAGUACAUUAGUCCCCGCUGGGAAAAUUCCAGGAUAGGUAGCAGAAAUGAAAAAGUAGAAACUAAUUCAUUAAAGCCAGAAAUAAAUGAGCCAUCCACAAUUAAAAAUGGAUCAGCCAAUUUAUCAACCCAUGGUGUACUAGUGAACUUAAACUUGCGUUUUUGGCCAGUUGUUACUAUUAAAAGAAAGUACCUGCAGUACCAAGGACGGGGGGGAUACAAGUGUGGCAAAUGUGGGUGGAGUUUUCCAAGCCUAGAUGUGCUUAUUGAACACCAUGCCAGCCACAAGAAGGAGACUGUAUAUGGCUGCAAGAGAUGUAAAAGAGUAAUCGUCAGCAGGAUGUUGAUAGUGAGGCAUCCAUGCAAGCUUGAAGAAGUUUCUACCGAGGACAGUAAAUCCCCACUUCUGUUUCGCUAUGAUGGCAUUUCAGUGAUUGAAAAUUUUAGUAAACAAGAGGACACAACUCUCAAUGGGCCAAAUAAUAGCCGCAGUGCAGGAGAAGUGUGGCAUCGGUGCGUUGAAUGCCCCAUGGUAUUCAGACGGCGGGGAGAUCUAGACAAGCAUAAGUUUACUCAUUCCAACGUGAAGCUAUUUAAGUGCCAAAACUGCCAUAAGAGCUACACCCGAAAGUACAGUCUAAAGUCACACAAGUGUUCAGGAAGGGAAGAAUCACCAGAGCCCAAAGAAAAUCUCAAAUCACCUGUCACAGAGCAAGAACAAAUGACUGCUAAGGCUGGCAUGGAGUCGCCACAAAGUACCUCUGUUAACCAGCUGAAGCAAGAUAUGAGUGUAGAUGUCUUCUCAAACAAAACUCCAAGCCACAACAACAGCAUUGUGGAAAUAAAGGAAGACAGCAUCAAGAACAACUAUAUACCUUCAGCCAAUGUUGAAAUGAAAGAUGAUGACGAGAGCUUGCCCUUUGAUGAAGAAAACUUUAGCUUUAGGGCAUCUGGCAACGUAAGGACGUAUGAAAGAGGCUGUUAUCAAAGACUUACAUCUGUGUCUUCUACUAUGGACAGCCAGGGUAAAUGUGAUGACUCACAGAAUGACCAACUAGAAGAGGAUGAGUUAGAAGAUGAUGACUGCAUAGAAAUAUCUGCAAGUGAACAGGUUAAAUCCAAAGAAUUGGAGACUUGCAAAGACAAAGAACCUGAGGCUGACGAAAAUCUCACAAAGAGGCCACAUUUGAAAACCAUAAAGGAAAAUAAUCUGCCUUCUCCAAAGUUCUUUGUAAAGCAUCCCCCAAUUGAUGGGGAUGAACGACGGUUUGAAUGCACUACAUGUGGCAAGCGGUUCAGUCGUAAGUACACUCUGUAUUUGCAUAAGAAGAAUUGUAAUCAACGCUGUGCCUUAAAGCAAUCCAAUCCAGAAAUGGAUAAACUAGAUCUAGGCAGAAAAAAGCGUCGUAAUGAUCCAGGCAAAAAAAAGUGUCCUGAAGACUAUUCGCCUUUAAAAGACAAGCCAGUCUCCAAACCCCCACAGUGUGAUACGUCGGACAGUGGUGUCUCAACUGAACUUGCCAAACUCUCCAGCAUUGUUUCUGAGCCUGUGUCUUUUACACAAGGUCACAACAACCAGAGGUUAUUUCGCUGUGAAAUGUGUAAAAAUUUCUACUCCCGUCCAUGUACUUUGCGCAUGCAUCAGGAAAAAUGCCCAGUCCUUGCUCUGAAUCGUAUCAACUCGGCAGCAGAUGCUUUGCUAAAUGAUGGAAAAACUAGUGUGAGAGAAAGCACAAAUAAUUGUGCUGAUCAAGUCGAAAACAACACAAACAGCAGGUUUGCAAGUGACACAAAGACCACCUUGAACCAACCUGAAAAGGAUUAUAAUGGCAUGGCCACUGAUGACCACUCUAAGAAUUUAGGAGAAGCUGUAAUGUCAUCAGAAAAUGUGUCUGUGCCACAGAAUAACUCCGCUCAAGCGCCACUGGAUGACAUCCUCAAUGAGCACUUGAGCAUGGUUCAUUGCCAGUUUUGUGGCCGAGGAUACAAACACAAGUCCAGCUUGUGCCGCCACCAUAUGGGGAGCGCAUGUGGGAAGAUGAUGGACCAAAAAAAAAUACAAGUGCAGUCACCAGUUUGUUGUGGCCAGUGUGGCCAGGUCUUCAAUGAAAGGGACUCUUUUAAAAAACACUUAAAUGUAUCCACAUGUCAGGGGAUGACUGUUCCAGCUUUCUUUUGUGAAGUGUGCUGUAAAUCAUUUGAGACGUCUGAACAACUGAAACACCAUCAGCACAUUCCACAGCAGUGAGGUGCUCUCAGUCGUGCCAAAGACCCCUUUGCUGCAGUAACGUGGACUAUUAGCUACCACAUCUGCCGGCCUCUGGAAUUUCUGAGCAAGCAAAGCAUUCCUCAUGGUUCUGCUGCUGUCUUCUGUAACUUUUUUUUUUUUUUUAGAAGAAAUUGGUUUAAAUAAUCUUAAAUUGUUACAUGGGAAAAACUAAGUUUUUUGGUUUGAGCUGUAGGUUUUCUCAUUUGAACUGUUUGUGAUGUUCGGAGAUGAUCUGUUGGACUAGUUGUCUGUUUUGCCCAGUGUUUGUCUGUAUGUGAGUGCAUGUAUGCGUGUGGUUGUUAAAAAUGUUUUAAAACUCUGUAAAUUACAGUAUUCAUUUUAGAUUUUCACUUUUUUUGGUGACAUUUUAUUUCUCAUAGAGAAACAUUGGGGGGGGGGGAGGAGGAGAUGAGAGGAUAAUAACAUUUUACACUUUGUCUGUUUGCCGCGCUGGACACAGUUACUUGUGCUGUCAAGUCUGACUCAAUAUUUUACUUGUUCUGCUAAAAGCAAAAAAUACCCUUUUUGUAUGGGAAGAAAGCAUAAACCCACUAGGUGUAAGUGCAUUUUGUCUUGUGCAGGCCUUAUUCCAUAUCCACUGAAUCAAACCUUUGGACAGGUCUUCAGUUUUGGGAAUGUUUGAAACAUUAAAGAAGAUGUACAUUAUAAUAUAGUUAAGUGCCAGUUUGUUAUGAACCAGUGUGAGGUGUUCCGGUCAGCACUCUUCUUUCUGUUCCACACGCAGUGCUUGCUGCUUAACAGACCAGAAUGCCUUUUACAUGUUGGACUCACGUACAGGGUGAAGUUUGGUGCUUCACAAACAAGACUUGUUGCGGUUGCCUUCAAAAACGAAACACCCUUGAGCACGAUUAUGAUUUUGAAACAAAAAGCUGUAAUUUAAUAUCCAAUGUAGCCAACAAAUUAGGACAUAUGUAUGAAUGUUAUUUCCUCUUUUUGGGUAUAUUUGUGUGUGUGCGUGUGUGUGUUACAGCAGAGCAUCUCAGAUGUUGGCUUGAAAGCACCUAAAGUGGGUUCUUUCCUCUUUGCCCCAAAUAAAUAAAAUGCAUUGUAGUUAAAAUAAUGUAUAUGUGGGUCUGGGUGGGGAUUUCAUGUUGAACAUUUAUGACCAAAAUAAAAAAAAAAAAUUCAAUUUUCUGAAAAUACAAUUAUAUAUAAAAAGGACCCUUCCCAAGACUCACAUACAGUAUAUAUAAAUACUGUAUAUGUAUAUAAAUAAAGAUAUGCUGUUUCAAACGUAUUUAUGUAGUUGAAUCUCUAUGAAGAGUAGCCAUUGUGCCUUAUACCUAAAGCAGUUAAUAGACAGUUAUGCUUGA